AACAGAACCUUAUAGACACAAAUAUAUAGAAAAAUUAACAUUUUAUAAUAUUAGUCCAAUUUUAGUCAAAUUCUACAGUCAAAUAAGUAUUUAAAAUGUCCUACAUCUGGUUAUGUUUGACGGUUUCUCUUUCCGUAGGUUAGAAAUACCCACUUCUUGUUUUUACGGAAGGCCGUGCUUAUUAUUUGUUGUCAUGGCGGCCUUUUAAACAGUUUUAACUGUGAUUAGCUUACUAGCUAGUUGUAGAAGUCUAUCACGUACAAAAAGUAUCCUAGGUACAUCUUUUCACUUUCGAAGCAUAAUGUACCAUCCGGUUGCAUGGCUAGAUACGUAUUGAAUUGAUCAAAGCUAACGUUAGCUAGGGUUACAGGCUACAGCUGAUUUAGAUACACCGGUAGCUUGCUAGGGCCGGGGAUUUAGGAACAGCCAUGGCUGCAAACCUUCUGGAGUCCCCGAUGACCUUAGGACAAUCGAAAAGCUGGGUCACAUUAGGUCCAAAUCGUAGCACUCGGCUUUCUCAGACUCAGUUACUCUUCAAUGCAGCCAUGCCUGCCAACGCCUAUAACCGUGCCACCCAAGUUGGCCCACCUGCACCCAUUGUGAUUGAGAAGCUGAUGCCCUGGGUGGAGAAGCGGGAUGACCUGGAUAGCACCGGCAGCUCUCUGUGUUUCUCUGCUCUGUCUGAGGAGCGUCUGCUGGCUGCAGUCAGGCUGGCCAAGAGAGAUCUGAGGAAGAGACGACAGGAGUCAUUGAACAGCUCCCCCAUCAGACCACAGCCAGAGGAGACCACACCCAUCAAGAGCAAUGUGGAGCAGCAGAAGAGGGUUGUUCCUAAGGGGAGGUCAAAAACGGCCGGCCCCAAAGAAGAAGUGACUCGGUCUGGAGCCGAGGUGCUUGUAUACACCCCCCAGAAGUACAUCUCCGUACCCCCUGGGCCUGAUCAUGGCCUGUCCCCCCCAACCAGAGACCCAGGCCCAAGGCAGACAGCCAGUCAGGAGCCCCAGAGAGCCCUCAGCCAGGAGGUCUGCAGGCUACAGAGAGAGCUGGCCAACUACAUCCAGAGAAUAGAUCAGCUGGCUAACAGAGGGCGAAUGGUUGCAGAGCCCUUGGAGCCUGAUGAGCAGCGCAGGGUGGAUAUCCGCAGACAGGAACAGGCAGCCCGCUCUGCACGCAUCAUCUAUGUGCUGCAACAACAGGUGAAAGAAAUCCAAGAGGAUUUAGACAAACUACGCUCACAGAAGAUUCAGCACACAAAGAAAUCCAGAGCGAUUGACAGGUUGGCUGCUGCCCACAGAGGGGCGGUUAGGGCCAUGCAGGUGUUCACUAAUCAGCUGUCUGACACGUCUGAGGGGAGGUUGCCCUCCCAUUAUAAAGAGCUGGGCCAGCUGAUCCGCCAGCUUUCUCUGUGCUCGGCCAAAGUGGAGGUGGGCCAGGGAUCAGCCAUCCCAGAGACUGCCCUGGACAUCCUGCAGAAACUAGAGACCCUGGAUACUGCUCUCAGCAAGCAGGAGAGUCCAGCACAGAGGAGGCAGGCCCGAGCACGCAGCUUCUCCCCUGCACGCCACCGCAGGUCUCCACAUCGCAGCACGUCUCCUCCCCGUCCCCGUGCACCCAGGGGCCCUGCCACCAGGGGUCUCAGAGGACAUCGUAGAGCAGCAGGCCCCAAGAAGUCCUUCCCUGCAGAUAGGAGAGCGGUCCAUCAGCAUCAGCAGCCCCCCAGAGCCACAGAGCCUCCUCCACAGCUGGAUCGCAGCCAGGUGCUCAGGGCUGGCCUGGAGAGCCUGGUCCAUCUCAGAGAACUCAGGGAAGGAGGGGGACAGGUCCCCAACAGUCAAGGAGGAGCACUGCACCCAGAUAGGACAAAGAAGCAGGGAGCCCAUGUGAGGGAUGCAGGUUUCCAGCAGCCCACAGUGGCUUCCAGGCUGAGAGUGUGUCAGCACCCACAGAAGGAGGCCUCUGUGCCCUGGAUACCAACGUCACCUCACUCUCCUCCUAAACAACAACAGCGCUCCCCUCAGAAGAGGCCAGAGCCUCGAUGUCUGUUCUCCCCUCUGAAGCCCUCCUCAGGCCCCUCAGAGCAGCAGCUGAGUGGUGUGGUGACAGCAGAGCAGGACCAGGGUCUGACCUCUGAUAGACAGAGACAAGUCCACAACGAAGCCCUCAGGCAGGCCUGGCUUGACAGGAUGACCAUGCAGAGACUGAGGGACCUAAAUCAGCUGAGUAAAGAUGAAGCAGAACGCAUCCAGAGACUCCGGUCUGAGGUGGGCUCUCCAACCCAGUGGGCUGAGAGAGCUGAGCAGGAGGCCCGAGGGAGACUACAGCCUCUGUUGGACCAGGCCCUGCAGAUGGGAGCUGCUGCCUCUCAGGCCCGGGACAGAAAGGCCACAUCGUCACUGAGGCAUCGGCUGUCUGAGCAGGCUGCAGACAGAGCUGCGGAGAGCGCUGAGGUGCUGAGUGAGGCCCUGCUAGAGGAGCUGCUGGCCGAUGCAGCGCAGGCCGCCUGGGCGGCGGAGACAGACAGACGGACGGAGGGUUUGGCCCAGCGCCAGCUCCAGACCCCCACCCUGGAGAGCAUGCUGCUGCGCAUGGAGGAGAUGGAGAAAGACCAGGAAGCUGUGAGGAGGCGCUUUGCUACCAUCACAUACUCAGACCCUCACUACUGGGACAGAGGGGACACAACUGGGCCCCAGAGGUAUGCUCCAGGCUCCAGGCCAGUCUCUCCUCAGCCCAUUAGGAUCACCAGGCCAGCACUGAGACACACCACCACGGCUGACAUUGUCCUGGAGAGCCCUGUGGAGACCGGCCACAGUGUCCUGUCUGAGAGCAGCAUCAGGGAGCAGGACUACCCAGGUCUACCUGGCCGCAGCAGCAGCACCUUCCCAGCCCCAGGGGAGAGGAGGGGAGAGGGGACGCGACUCUCUGUGCCAGCCAGCAUGCAGAGGAGUAUCCAGCAGUACAGACAGGACCACGAGGCCUACCUCCGCCUGGUAGCCCACGAGGCUGUGGGCAGCUUCAACCCCUGGGCCAUUGCAGACAGUCUGGCAGAGGAGCUUAUGUCCGAGGCCCUAGCUGACGUUGCAGCAGAGUUCCAGGACGUCUGUGAGGAGUAUGCAGAGGCUGUCUUCACCUCCGAGUUCCUUCAGCCAAUCACGUCACCUCCUGCUUCAGUUCCACUGUUAGACAGCCAAUAGACCUCUUCCUCUUCACGGACAUUGGGCUAGUUUGGGUUUGCAUCGCCCGGUGUACCGCGUAGGUGGAUAUUUCAAUUCAGCACCAACGGAAUGGUCAACAACCUGGGCCACCGGGCGAUGUAGAACGAGCUUGCCUAUUCUUUAGCUUUUAGCCAGCUAAUGAGAUUUCAGUUUUGACUGGGUUAAUGUUUAUAUAUGUAUUUAUUUGUGUUAAAUACUGCGUGAUGCAUCGGUUUUUACUAAAAUGGUAAAAGAACUAUGAGAAACGAGUGCAUUUUUUAUUUAUUGGUAACAUCCUGAUUGCAUUGAUGUGACAACAUUCAGAAUAGAUUCAGAAUAGAAUGGAACUAAAGCAAUGCAGAUUAUUCCUAUUUGGCAAGUUCGUUUCUAUAGUUCUUACAGAGGGAUGGGUGAAUUCCACUGAGAAAGUUAGUUUUGAUAAGCUUAGAGAGAACAUUACGACAUUACAGGGGAUUAGAAGAUUGUGUCCUCUCUUUCCAUAUAUAAACCUCUCCGACAGGAUUACUCACGCUUUCCAUUUCCACAUUGAAACAUGGAAGUAAAUUAAUUGUUUCGGGAAUUAACAAUAGGGGGACAGCAAGCCAAGGGCACCAUUCAUUGGUUAAUAUGAAAUCCGGAUAGCAUAUUGCAUUCAUUGAAAUUGUGUGCUUCACUUGCCAUGGCACGCAGCAAAUACCGUAUGUUUGCCAAAUGAGUGAUUUAAAUUCAAUAAGAGUGCAUAUAUCAUGAGUGCAUAUAGGAUGAGGGAGCCUUUACUGCUGUGGCGGAUGUUCUCAGGCCCUGGAGAGAGACUUGAAAGCAGAUGUGAAGGAGGAGAGAGACACAUCCAGAUGUUGAGUUGGCCCCUAGGGGAACUGACUGUGACAGGGGACAGAGAAUGACUGAGUGAAUUAGCUCACUCUGAAUCAGACCCUCUUUCUCUCUGCCAACUGUGUUUUGUGUGGGUGUCUGAAUACAUGAUGGCUUACACUGGCUUAUGCACGUACACAUGCCUCACUCUCACAGUUCUGUUUCGUCCCAGAGCUCUGCACAAAUUGGAAUCUAGGAGCCAUUGCAUCAUUAUAAUAGGCGUUUUUGAAUUAAAAAACAUAUUGUUCGUC